CCACCGCCGGAGGAUGCAGCCGCAGCUGGCGCCGGUGAGGGAUCUGAUGCUGGCGCCGACGCUCGAGCUCACCGACUCUGGGCGCGUCGCGGAUCUCGAACGCUUCUCCCACUAUGUCGAGAAAAAGUAGGUCAAUGAUAUCAGAUGAUGCAAAGUAAGAUCGAUCGGACUCUCAGAGUUCGAUCCGUGAAUGAGGAUUUCAAUUUUGCGUGUUUAGCUCUGUGUCAUACAUCGAGCUAUCCGUUUCUGCGUUUGAACAAACCUGAUUAGGAGGAGAUCAGGGGAAACAGAUCUGCGAUUGACUCGAAGUGAUACUGGCAGUUCAUAAUUGUUGUUGUCUGUAGAGGUGUCGGAUGCAUCCAAGCAUGAUGCGGGUCACGUGCCUGGCACGAUGGUGGGGGAGUUUUCCAGACCCUACUCGAACUGUGUCAUCAGUGGCCAGUGCUAUGAAGCCAUUGUCGUUCUAUUGAUGGUUCUGCGUCGGUGUUGCUUAAUUUAUACCCUUUUUUUUUUGUUUUCUUUUUCUUGAUGGUGCUCUGUAGCAAGGCAGAUGGGGUUUGAGGACAUAAAUGAGUGUCCUCAGCUGUGCAAGUUGGCCUACGACUACUUGAAGAGGACCAAAGGGAGUGAAGACGACAUAUAUUCCUUCUUUGCCAAUGAGCGAGACCCAGACUCCUUGUAUGUGAAGCUUGUGGAGGAACUGGAAACGUGCAUACUUAGUUACUUUGCCUUUCACUGGAAUCAUGCCACUCUUCUUGUUACUCAGAUAUUAAGUGCUUAUAAUGGUGAACCAAAGAAGAAGCUUAAGAAUUUUGUAAUGGAGGCGACAAGGAAACUACGGUUUGAGAGGGUGUCCAAGAGCCUGAAGGUGACGAGAGUUUUUUCCACAUUGGUGGAAGAGAUGAAGGCGAUUGGCUACGAUGAUGACUGCUGCAAUGACACCAUGGUUCCAGCUGCACUCUCUGAUCGAAGCCCAGUUCUUCUGCUGAUGGGUGGUGGUAUGGGAGCUGGCAAGAGCACUGUGCUCAAGGAUAUACAAAAGGAGGCCUUCUGGUUGGCGGCCAAGGCGAAUGCCGUGGUGGUGGAAGCUGAUGCAUUUAAGGAGACGGACGUUAUUUACCGAGCACUCAGUUCCAGAGGUCAUCACAAUGACAUGCUCCAGACUGCUGAACUGGUCCACCAGUCAUCCACUGAUGCGGCUUCAUCCCUCCUCGUUACAGCACUAAAUGAAGGCCGAGAUGUGAUCAUGGACGGCACUCUCUCAUGGGAGCCAUUUGUUGAACAAACAAUUGCCAUGGCCCGGAAUGUCCACCUUCAACGCUACCGUAUGGGGGUUGGAUACAAGGUUGCUGAGGACGGGACCAUCACAGAGAACUACUGGGAGCCAGUGGAGGACGACGAAGAAAACUGUACUGCAAGAAAGCCUUAUAGGAUUGAGUUGGUUGGAGUUGUGUGCGAUGCUUAUCUAGCUGUAGUUAGAGGAAUCAGGAGAGCUAUAAUCAUGGGGAGAGCAGUGAGGGUGCAGUCCCAAUUGAAGUCCCACCAGAGAUUUGCCAACGCCUUCCCAAAAUAUUGCCAACUUGUCGACAAUGCCAGGCUCUACUCCACGAACGCGAUAGGCUCUCCGAAGUUGAUAGGGUGGAAAGAUGGGAGCAGCAAUUUACUAGUAGAUCGUCACCAUAUCAGUUGUCUAGAAGAUGUAAGCAACCUGAACGACAACGCUGAUUCGAUCUAUGAACUCUACCCCAAGAAGGAUGCUUGUUGCGGAGCAGGUUUAGUGUGGGGUGACAUGGUCUUGUCACCAACAAGAGCAUCAAUCCAGGAAGAACUCAAAGCAACCAUUAAAGCAAUCGAGAGUCGUGCUUUGUGACCUCAAUUCCAAACCAAGAACGGCAUCCUAAGUCUGGGAAAUUGAGUGCAUUUUGUAUCGAAUAAUUACUCAGAAGUGAAAUGGAAAUACAAUUUGCUUGAACUGUAAUAAACUUUAUUGGCUUCAAUUGUUUUGAUAACUUUUGUUUGUUCAAUUGAACAACCAAAUAGAAAGAAAGUGCGAUCAAUAUGAGGAGGUUAUUUUCCUCUUCCAUAACUUCUGUGCUUUAGAAGACUUAAUAUUCAUAUUA